AUGGACGCCCAGCAUCGUCCGCUCUUCAUCAAAUGGAGCCAGAGUCAACGUGUCUCGCUGUCGGUGGUUAGACCGGACGGCGAGACCGAGACACUUGUGAUCCCUGGAGAACUCCUUCGGCGACGAUCGCGAAAGUUUCGCGAUGUCUUGACAUGCUACGUUUCCGGCAUGCCGGUGCCCGAUACGUCGCUUGAUACGAUGCAUGAUUUCUACAUGUGGACGAUGGAUCCGAAGCCACACGUAUAUGACGAUACGACGUUUGACAAGGCGGUGAAAUUGGGCAUCUUCGCGUCACGAUACGAAAUCCCAGCCCUGAGCAAUCAAGUCACCGAUGUGAUUCGGGGAAAGCUUGCAAGCGGUGACUGGAAGUUGGGGGCCUCGAUGGUUGACGAAAUCUACCAGGCUGUCCCGGUGGGCAGACCACUUCGUGAAGUCGUUCGGGCGGCACUGGGACUGUUGCCGAGGUCGAUCACCACAGAUCCAGAGGAGCCGACUCGAGAAGACUGGGCGGCCGUGAUCCUGAAACAUGGACACUUUGCGCUGGACUUCAUACAGGCGACUUCGUCCGAGUGGACACUGCAAGCUUAUCUUUCCAACGUUUGCCGCUUCCAUGACCAUGAGGAUAUGGGAGCGCAGAGUCCAUCCUCGGCAUCAUGUGAUGGAUGUCGUUAUGCUCAGGACGAGUGUUACCCCACUGGCGGGCAAGAGGCUCUGGCCAAGGUGAAUGGCGAAAAAGAAGCGCCGGGAGAAGAGCCAGUGGGCACCGGCGAGAGCAGCGAUAAGACAUACUACACCGCUGAGGAAGCAGCAGCACCAGAGCCAGAACCAGAGCCAGAAGCGCUGCCAGAACUGGUGCCAGAGCCAGAAGCGGAGCCAGAGCAGUGGCUCGAACCGAUCGCAGAAGAACCAGCACUUGAUUAUGAGGAAGCACCACAGGUUGCAUAUGCCGAUCACCUCACCGAACAUCUCGCUGAGUUGCAACAGGAACCACUACCGGCUUAUGAAGAACCAGCCCGCGAACCAACACCAGUCUUAUUAGCUGAACCAGUCUAUGCUGAGACUGUAGAUUCAGCACCACCAGCACCAGAAUCCGUCCACACCGAACGUCCCUUCAACUGGGCGGACGAUGAAGAGCCCGUGUCAGAGAUAUACGGGGUGGCACCAUCGGACACCAAUGAGGUGGCCGUGUCCGAAGUGAACGCCAUGGCGCCAUCUGAGGUCAGUGGCAUUACCUCGGAGUCGAACGGGAGCGUCGCCUCUCAUCUCGUCGUCAAGGAAGUGGCUGGAGAGGUAGUGGCGUCGGAGUCGCCGAUCGAGGAAGUCGAUACACCUGUCGUGGUGGAGGCGGCCGUUGUUGAAAAUGGACAUGCAGCGGGAGACAAGAAGCUUGAGCAGUCUGCGGGAGUUGAGACGCCGAGUGAGCCCUCAAAGAAGAAGAAAAAGAAGAAGAAUCGGGGAAAUAGUGUUAGUCAAGUCAAGUAG